GAAUUUGAAGAUGUUUGCGCGCUGGCCAAUUCCUGCAAAGGGAUGUCGGCUAGAGAAAAUUGGUGGCGCUCCGAGCUCGCUGCAAGGGCUCGUGCUGGAAGACCCAGAAGCGGUUUAUGAGCGGAUCAAGUCCAAGCAUCUGGUCUUCAGCGAGUCCCGCGAAGAACGUGGGGAGCAUGUGGCGCUCGUCAAGGGCCGUUUGACUGGUCACCAGUUCGAGUCAGUGGGGCUGUAG